AAAUAGAAACAAAGUUGGUCACAAAUCACAUUGGCUUUGCCCGAAGUUUUUUUUUUUUUUUCCCCUCACUCUUCUUUAGCAUGCUACCAUGGGACAAGUGACCACUCCUGUCCGCGGGGGAGGUCGGGGUAGUCUGCUGGCGAGGGAGAGGCUGUAACUCUACGUGACCAUGGUACCUGUUGAAAACACAGAGGGCCCCAAUCUGCUGAACCAGAAGGGGAGAGAGGCGGAGACCGAUGGCAGCUACGGAGCCAGCGGCGGCCGGCAUCCUGCCUGUUCGGGAGGGUUUCAAGCUCCAAAAUUUCUUCAAUCAGAGUAUCAGAGACCAAUUACCAAUUGCCAAAGACACACAGGAUUCACAUACCAAUCAUGGAUAAAAGGAGUAGUAAGUAAAGGUUGCAGCCUGUUCACUUUCCUGACAUCGGUCACUGCAGCUCUCAGUGGCCUCCUGGUGGGUUAUGAACUUGGACUCAUCUCUGGGGCUCUUCUCCAGAUCAAAACCCUACUAGCCCUGACCUGCCAUGAGCAGGAAAUGGUUGUGAGCUCCCUCCUCAUUGGGGCUUUCCUCGCCUCUCUCACAGGAGGGGUCCUGAUAGACAGAUAUGGAAGAAGGACUGCAAUCAUCUUGUCAUCCUGUCUACUUGGACUUGGAAGCUUGGUCUUGAUACUCAGUUUUUCCUACACAGUUCUUAUAUUGGGACGCAUUGCUAUAGGGGUUUCCAUUUCCCUGUCUUCCAUUGCCACUUGUGUGUACAUUGCAGAGAUUGCUCCCCAACACAGAAGAGGCCUUCUUGUGUCACUGAAUGAACUGAUGAUUGUCACUGGCAUUCUUUUUGCCUAUAUUUCAAAUUAUGCAUUCGCCAGUGUUUCCCAUGGAUGGAAGUAUAUGUUUGGUCUUGUUAUUCCCUUGGGAGUUUUGCAAGCAAUUGCGAUGUACUGUCUUCCUCCAAGCCCUCGGUUCCUGGUGAUGAAAGGACAAGAAGAAGUUGCUAGCAAAGUUCUUGGAAGGUUAAGAGCCAUCUCAGACACAACUGAGGAACUCACUGUGAUUAAAUCUUCCUUGAAAGAUGAAUAUCAGUAUAGUUUUUGGGAUCUGUUUCGUUCCAAGGACAACAUGAGGACCCGAAUCAUGAUAGGUCUAACACUGGUAUUUUUUGUACAAGUCACUGGCCAGCCAAACAUAUUAUUCUAUGCAUCAACUGUUUUGAAGUCUGUUGGCUUUCAAAGUAAUGAGGCAGCCAGCCUCGCUUCCACUGGGGUUGGGGUGGUCAAGGUCAUCAGCACCAUCCCAGCCACCCUUCUUGUAGAUCAUGUUGGCAGCAAAACCUUCCUCUGCAUUGGCUCCUCUGUAAUGGCAGCUUCAUUGUUGACCAUGGGCAUUGUGAAUCUUAACAUUCACAUGAACUUCACCAACAUCUGCAGAAACCACAGUCCUAUCAACCAGUCCUUGGAUGAGUCUGUGUAUUAUGGAGCAAGAAAUCUGUCAGCUAGCAACAGUACUCUCAGAGAUCACUUUAAAGGGGUCACUUCCCUCAGUAGGGGCUCGCUCAUGCCCAUGCAAAGUGACAUGGAUAAGAGAGGGGAGGUCACCUCCACACCCUUACCAAAUGCUGGACUAAGCCAAACUGAACACCAGAUAGUCACCGACCCUGCUGAUGUCCCAGCAUUUUUGAAAUGGCUGUCCUUAGCCAGCUUGCUUGCUUAUAUUGCUGCUUUUUCCAUUGGUCUAGGACCAAUGCCCUGGCUGGUGCUCAGCGAGAUCUUCCCUGGUGGGAUCAGAGGACGAGCCAUGGCUUUAACCUCUAGCAUGAACUGGGGCAUCAAUCUCCUCAUCUCUCUGACGUUUUUGACUGUAACUGAUCUUAUUGGCCUGCCAUGGGUGUGCUUUAUAUAUACAAUCAUGAGUUUAGCAUCUCUGGUUUUUGUUAUUGUUUUUAUACCUGAAACAAAGGGAUGCUCUUUGGAACAAAUAUCAAUGGAACUAGCAAAAGCGAACUAUGUGAAAAACAACAUUUGUUUUAUGAGUCAUCACCAAGAAGAAUUAAUGCCAACACAGCUUCAAAAAAGAAAACCCCAAGAGCAGCUCCUGGAGUGUAAAAAGCUGUGUGGAAGGGGACAACCAAAGCAGCUUUCUCCAGAGACCUAAUGGCCUCAAGGCCUUAGGAAUGCUGAUACAGGAUGAAAGCACUACCAGUGGCAUAUUUACCCUCCUCUCCCCACGCCCAGGUUUUUAUUCAGUGUCGUAAGCUAUUUUUAAAGGGACACCUGAAAUUAUAGACUUCCUUUAAUUCCCUCUUCCCCAAAGGAAUCUCAAAAGGUAGAUGAGAUACAUGGCCCUAAUUUUUUUUUUUUUUUUUUUUUUUGAGCAAGAUAUCAGGUUAAAGAAAAUACUGGCUGGUUCAAUACUUUCUCCUUCACACCGCAGGCUUUUAAAGACUAAAUCCUAGUAAAGAGAUCAACCUUUGCCUUAAGCUAUGUAUGGAGGCCAGUUGCAGCUUUAUUAUUCAGAAACACAAGUGUUCUGGAUCCAAGCUUACAUUUUUGCCUACUAAGAUACUAUUUGCACUGGGUCUUGUGUAAAAAAGAACCAGGACACGCAAUGUAGACAAUUUAGUUACACACGUGUUCUAGAUUAGGAUAGGCUCCUGGCUAGGAUUUUGUGGUAAUUCCUAGUUACAGUUCUACAAGAAUAAAGAUUAUGGGAGCUUAUCUUAUGAAUUAUGAAGUAAAAUUUAAUGCAAAAUAUACUACUAUUAUGACUUUCAUGUUAAUAUAAAAUAUUAAAAGAAAAUUCUGUGUAAUACUUGAGAAAAAUAAGCAUUUUCCAUUUUUUUAAAUGAUUAAAGAGGAAAAUUUUAAAAUCUUGGAACCAUAUUUAUUUAGAAGUAGCUAUUAGUAAAACACCAGAAAAGGAAUCAGUCCAUUAGGUUAUUUAUCUAAAUCUCUAAGCAAUUAGGUUUAUGUUAUUAGGUCAAACUUAUAAAUUUUCUCCUUGGAAGACUCUCAUAAUUUUUAGUAAUCCAUGGUUUCCUGCAAUUCCUCCCAUGUCUCAGGAAUAUCUCUACCUCAGGUUAUGGCAGAGAGGCUAUAAAUGAUGCUGACGUUCAGAACAAUACAGACCUAAUAAAUGACAUUCAGAAAUUAGGACAAUUCCCUAUGUUCUUCUCUGUGAUGAAACAAGAGAUGGCCAACCAAACCAGCAAACAUCCAGUGGGUUUUUUACCCAACAGUAAUGAAUUGCUCUAUUCUGCAUUUCUCCAGUUGAAUUUAAGACUAGAUAAGGUAUUUCAUCAAGAGAAUUCAGAAUGAAAGAAAAUCCAUAAUAAAGAAUCUAGAACCACUUAAGUAGAAACCCAUAAGAUUACUAAUAUAAACUAUGGAAGACACACAAAAACUUUUAAUGCAUGAACAACCUAACUUGAAAAAUAAUUUUUAAAAAUGAUUGAUCAUAAGAGAAUCCUACAUAUCAAAGCCCCAGUAUUUAGCUAACAAACUGUCCCAGUUUGAUAAAAGGUACAUGAUCUACUAAAUUCAUUUAAAAAGUGGAAAAGACUAUAAAUCUAUAUAAAUAGUAAAUCAUUAAUAUCAAAGACUCAGGAAAAUGACUAAAAGUCUGGUUCUGAGAUGUACCAUCCAAAUUAAAAGUUGGCAGGAAGGAGCAAAAUAGAUAUUGAUUCCCUCAUAUGCAAAUUAGAGUGUGCUUUUGUUUUGGAACAAGAAGGCAAAAUGUGUUCUGCAGUUUAACUUAAGAGUUACAUGCCAGGAUUUUAAAAAUACAAGUCAGGUUUUCAUGUUAUCUUGGUUUUGUUUGUUUUUUUUCUAAGCAUCACAGAUUGUUUAAGGUAUUUUUUUUUUUUUUUUAAAUUGUAACGUAAUUCCUUUCAAGUUCAAACACCAUUUAUACUUAAGCUAUUUCUUGGUUUGGCCAUUCAUUGCAAAUGGGCAGAAAAUAAACCAAGAUGGUUUACUACUUGUGACUUCAACUUCAGUGUCUUAAACAUUCUCUUAUAUUUUCCUUUUAUCAUCCUGAGUCUGUGAGCAGGCCAUUUUGUCUUCAGAUUCAUUUUUACCCAAUACCUGUCCCCCACACCCAUCAAAUGAAGCCUUUUGGUUUUCAAAAAUAAAAAGGGGGUAAUACUUAUAAUUUGUAUGUAUAUAUUCACAGCUUUUAUUUAUAUAAAAAAUGUACAGUACUUGUGGAAAGCCAGAAGACAUCAGACACACUUGCUUCUUCCCAGCUUUGUCAUACUUAGUGGAUCACCCACAAACACUGCCAGGUGGUGAGCAUACAUGUAGCAACCUAAAUCCAGACUUGUUCAGGCUAGCUUUCCUCUCCAUCAGAUAAAGCAUUUUCAUUUCUACUGAUCUGCAAGGUUCUCAAGUCAUCUGAAUACUGAAAAUGUUAAAUUACCUGGAUCUGCACCUUAGUUGUAUAAUUCUUUCCCCCCCACUCUUUUUUGUGAACACUGCAGGACAGUUUACUUAUGACUGUUUAUUAAAACUAAGUGGAAAAAUCUCAAAUUUAAAAAAGUCUACCUAUAAUUCUUUCAUCUAGUAAUAUUCUUUGUAUUUAUGAGUUUAGCUAUCCUACUGAUCUUGAAAUGAAGCAAAUAAACACAAAUGUAGGGAAAAAAAGAAUAGAAUUCUAAAACACACACUUGAAUCUUUCAUAAGAAAUAAAGUAUAAAAGUUAGCUUUUGCCUCCUACAUUUGAGGGAGUGACAGGGUAGGGGAAGGCUUUGAGAGAAAGAAGAUAAAAAUAAACAGAAAAUAUAUUGUUCAGUGCAGUGCUUAAGCUAGGUUUUCAAGGUUUUAUAAUAUGGUAUGGAAAAUGUACUGAACAUGAAGGUUCAGAUGUUGUAAGAUUUUACAAAUGUUUCAAGACAUUUUGGUAAUUCAGGUUUUCGGGACACUGUUGGAAUACUGAUUUUACUAAAUUUCUACUGAGAAGCUGAUUCAAUUCUACACAGCUGUAUUUCUUGGUAAAACCACUGUUAAUUAUGCUAAACUCCUAAAUGUAAGAAGAGUGCAACUGCAGACUGAUCGAUCCUGUGCUACCAUUCCAAGGCUCAGGGUGAGCCAGAGGCCACUGCUUCAUAAACACUUAUUUAUAAUAAUUUUAAGCAUUGCAAUCCUAUACACUGAAUUGCCACUCGUUAGCUCCAUCAAAUAAGACACAGUAAAGGGAAAGACAUAACUUGCAAAAUGGCUUUCAAGUUCAAGUUCAACUAUAUUAUAAUUAUACUGUGGCACAGAGGCAGCUUGUGGGCACUUCUUGUUAAAACUACACAAUGUUAUCAACUUCUGACAGGACUCUUAAUAUAGCCUUGAGCACCAAGAACCUUAAUCACUUCCCUACAACUACAGAGUCUCUCCAGAAUAACAAAGGUAACAGGUGAGGUACCACCCAUCACAGCUUCUUUCUCAUAUUCAUCUAGUGGGAAAGAGGCUUCUUUUUUAAAAACUACAAUUUCUUAACUCUUAAAAGUUAUUUAACAUUUUCUAUCAUAUUAAAUUAGUAACAUAAAACAUUAUCCUUUAUAAAGUCCUACCCAGUUCCCUAGAGUAUAUACAAGUGUUUACUUCUAAUCCCCAAGAAAAAAAUUUCCUAUUUGUUAUUUGGUAACAGAGCAUGAAAAGAUACUUUACACACACAGCAUAUACAUAUAUAUAUAUACAAAAUACACUUCAAAAAUAAGCUAACACACUUUAGCCGAAGUCUAAACUUGCAUAGAUUUAAAAAAAAAGAAUUAUGAAUACAAUUUUUGUUAAAAUAGAAAAUGGGGAAUAAAAGUUACAGAAUGGAUAUGAAUAAAGAUCUUUUCCAAACUUU